AUGUUGAGAGCAAAUCUUAGACCGAAAAAUUUAGCUAGACUAGCGGAGUCUAGAACGCCUUUGGCUCUGUCUCUGGCUGCUAGAGCUUUAACAAUUGGCGCUAGACCCACUUUAUUCUCCACAAACGCCACGUCCUAUGCCCCAGUACCCAGUUUAGUCAGUGCCACAUUCCGCCAGUCAGCACCAUUUGUGCCCAAAAGACUUUUCCACAGCUCUGGUCCGCGGCAGCUCCAGAUGCAACAGAACAAUGACGAUAACGUUCCUGCUCUAGAAAAGUACGGCAGUGAUCUCACACAAAUGGCCCGCGACGGCAAGCUCGAUCCUGUCAUUGGAAGAGACGAGGAAAUCAGAAGAACAAUCCAGAUUCUUUCGCGCAGAACGAAGAACAACCCGGUGCUUAUAGGUAAUGCGGGAACAGGUAAGACUGCGGUGAUGGAAGGGCUUGCGCAGCGGAUCAUCAAGGGCGAGGUGCCCGAGUCGAUGAAGAACAAGCUGAUUAUCACGUUGGACUUGGCUGGAAUCAUAUCGGGCGCCAAGUUCCGCGGUGAUUUCGAAGAGAAGUUGAAGAAGAUCUUGAAAGAGGUUGAGGACAAGAAGGGCCUGGUCAUUUUGUUUGUUGAUGAGUUGCACUUGCUUAUGGGCCUUGGAAAAGCCGAAGGGUCCAUUGACGCAUCAAAUUUGCUUAAGCCUGCUUUGGCCAGGGGAAAACUUUCCUUGUGUGGUGCUACUACCAUCGAAGAAUACAGAAAGUACGUUGAGAAAGAUGCUGCGUUGGCCAGAAGAUUCUCUUCUGUUUUGGUGAGCGAGCCUUCUGUCCAAGACACCAUCUCCAUCUUAAGAGGCUUGAAAGAACGGUAUGAAGUGCACCAUGGUGUGAGAAUUGCAGAUGGUGCUUUGGUCACAGCUGCUCUUUACUCGAAUCGGUACAUCACCGACCGUUUUCUUCCUGACAAGGCCAUUGACUUGGUCGAUGAAGCCUGUUCCACAUUGAGAUUGCAACAUGAGUCGAAGCCUGAUGCAAUUGCGCAGUUGGACAGACAAAUCAUGACAAUUGAGAUUGAGUUGGAGUCGCUUAGAAAAGAAGAAGACUCCUUGUCCGUGGACCGACGCAAAAAGUUAGAAGAAGACUUGGCCGUGAAAAAGGCUGAGUUGAAGGAGUUCACCGAGCAAUGGGAAAGCGAGAAACAGGCUAUCGACAGCGUCAAGUCUGCCAAGGCGAACUUGGAACAGGCUCGUUUCGACUUGGAGCAGGCUCAACGUGAAGGAAAUUACGCCAAAGCUUCCGAGUUGCAGUAUGCCACGAUUCCCAAGUUGGAGCGUGAGUUGCAACAGUUGACAGACUCAGAAGACGUCAUCAAGAGCACUUCGCUUUUGCACGAUUCUGUCACAUCCGACGACAUUGCGGCUGUGAUUUCGAAAAUGACAGGAAUCCCUCUCAGCAGCUUGAUGAAAGGCGAGAAGGAUAAAUUGUUGGACAUGGAAGUUAUUUUGAAGCAGCACGUGGUGGGCCAAGAUGAAGCAAUUCACGCUGUUUCCGAUGCGGUCAGAUUGCAAAGAGCAGGUCUCACGAGCGACAAGAGACCCAUUGCGCUGUUCAUGUUUUUGGGUCCUACAGGAACAGGAAAGACCGAGUUGACCAAGCAAUUGGCAGAGUUCUUGUUCAAUGACACAUCCUCUGUGAUUCGGUUUGACAUGUCCGAAUUCCAAGAAAAGCACACUGUGUCGAGAUUAAUUGGCUCUCCUCCCGGUUACGUUGGCUAUGAAGACAGUGGUGAGUUGACUGAGGCUGUGAGAAGGAAACCAUAUGCGGUUGUGUUAUUUGACGAGUUUGAAAAGGCCCACAAGGAUGUGUCCAAGCUCUUGUUGCAAGUUUUGGACGAAGGUUCGUUGACUGAUUCCCACGGCAAGAAAAUCGACUUCCGCAACACUAUCAUAGUCAUGACCUCUAACAUUGGCCAGGAGAUUUUGUUGGCUGAUAAGGAAGCCAGCGAAGACGGAAAGAUCCGUGAACUGGUGAAGAACAAUGUCGUUGAAAGCUUGCGUCAUCAUUACCCUCCAGAGUUUUUGAAUCGGUUGGACGAUAUUUUGGUGUUCAACCGUUUGUCCAAAUCUUCAUUGAGAAACAUCUUGGAAAUCCGCUUGAGAGAGGUCCAGGACCGUCUUGACGACAAGAGAAUGAGCUUGUCUCUUUCAGACGAAGCAAAGGACUUUUUGGCCGAUAAGGGCUACGAUCCAAUCUACGGUGCCAGACCUUUAAACAGAGCUUUGCAAAAGGAGCUUUUGAACCCAAUGGCAAUGCUUAUGAUCAAGGGCCAGAUCCGUGAGGGAGAGAAGGUGAAUGUUUCCGUGAAAGACAAAAAACUCUACAUCGAACCUAACCAUACCGAGGACGAAACUCUUUCAAAGGAAAGCACAUAG